AUGCGCAGACAAAGCAAUCCACAUACACCCGACCUCAAGCGCCUCCUCCAGAACCCCAACCGGCCCCCGAAGUCUCACAUCUUAUCCCAGACACCCUUCCGCCGUUUUCCUCGACUCCCUACGCCCCUCAUGGGUUCGGAACUGGCGCCCCUUCGUAUGGGACUCCGUAUUAUGGACAAUCUCGAGGGGGCUUUCGCGGCGGAAAAAGCUAUCAUGACCGCAAAAGUCGGGGUCCGGAAGAUCGCCCGAAAACCAAGCAUCCUAUUCCCGGGUACAUCCGAACAGGAAGGACACCGACCCGACGAGGAAGAGGAGAGCGACGAGUAUGAAGAAGUGGAAGUCACCGACAGCGAGGACGGGGAUCAUCCGUCUAAACGACCGAGAACCGAAGGCGAAGAUCAGGAAGGGCCGGUUGAAUUCACAGAAGAAGAUAUUGAAUAUCAACUUGCGGCAAUGGGCGAAGAAUAUGGGCUCGACCCUGGUGAGUAUGGAGAGCCCGGAGAGGGCGAAUGGGAGGAAGGCGCAGAAGGCUUGCCGCUUACGGAUGAGGAUGCGUCUGCGCUCUUCCAUGACCUUCUCGACGACUACCAUAUUAACCCAUACUCGACUUGGGAGAAGAUUAUUGAAGAAGGUCGUAUCAUAGAGGAUUCUCGAUACACGGCACUUCCGAAUAUGAAAGCACGCCGUGAAGUCUGGUCUCAGUGGAGCCGUGAUCGUAUACAAAAACUCAAGGAACGCAAAGAAAAACAGGAAAAGAAAGACCCUCGGAUCAAAUACUUGGCCUUCCUCCAAGACCACGCGACUCCGAAGCUCUAUUGGCCCGAGUUCAAACGCAAGUAUCGAAAAGAGCCCGAGAUGAGAGAUUCGCAGCUGUCGGACAAAGAUCGUGAGAAAUACUACCGUGAACUUGUCUCACGUUUGAAGACGCCCGAAAGCACGCGAAAAUCCGAUCUCUCUGCCCUACUGAAGUCGAUACCGUUGCACGAAUUGAACCGUUCGUCCAGCCUGGAAGCGCUCCCGACAAGUCUUAUCACGGAUCUUCGAUAUAUCGCCCUGACACCAAAGAUUCGAGAUCCUCUGAUCGAGACUUACAUCUCGACGUUGCCGCCGGCGCCGGAACAGGAGAAUUUGACUCCUGAACAGCGAGAGGAAAUGGAGCGCAAGAGGGUGGAACGCGAGAAACGGGAAAAGGCAUUGGCCGAACGCGAGAAACAAGUACAAGAGAACAAACGCAAACAACGGAGUGACCUUCUCCGGGGUAGAAGUCUUCUGAAGGAAGGAGAGGCUGAGAUCGAAGAAGCUUUGAGGGUUGGAAAGGCAGGGCUUCGGAGCCAUAUUGAAGCAGAGGGAGCGACCCAAACGGGGGACGAAAAGGACGGUGAAAGCUAA